GCUUUUCCAUGAGGUUCGGUGCUUACUAUCUACUGAUCCGCAUAUGGACGACGCAUUUGCACAACCCACCGGCUGAGUGAAUCCCGAACAGUGGUAAUUAUUAUGGUCGCCCCACUGGCCCCCACUUGAGGGCGCGGCUAUGGGACUAUCUAAACAAUUUUAUCAUCAACUGGAGCAGCGAGAACCGUAUUCAGUCUCUGUGUGGCGUUCGAGCGCGUUGGAAGUGCCAGAGAGGAUUGCGGCCAAAGUAGCUGGUAGAAGCAAUGGAUUUGCGCGUGAGCUUUAGUGACAAGCUGAAACUGGGCGCCAAGGUUAUUGGCCAUAAGGUGGUUCAGUACAAGCUGGGCACGGGUCAGACCAAGGAGUUGGCCACCAAGUAUGGCCAGCUGAAGGGUCAGCAGCGCAGGACACUCUACGAUGGCGAACUCUACUACUCCUUCGAGGGCAUUCCCUUUGCCCAGCCGCCCGUGGGUGAACUGCGCACCAACGCCGCCGAAGGUUCCGAGGAUUGCCUCUACCUCAAUGUCUACGCCAAGAAGCUGGAGUCCCCGAAACCACUGCCCGUUAUGGUCUGGAUCUUCGGCGGGGGUUUUCAAGUAGGCGGUGCCUCGCGGGAACUCUAUGGACCGGAUUACUUUAUGAAGCACGAUAUCCUGCUGGUCACCAUCAACUAUCGGGUGGGUGUGCUGGGCUUUCUGAGUCUCAAGGACAAGGAGCUCAAGAUACCUGGAAAUGCGGGUCUGAAGGACCAGAUUCAGGCACUGCGUUGGGUCAAGGAGAACAUAGCCAGUUUCAAUGGCGAUCCCGAGAACAUAACCGUAUUCGGCGAAUCGGCUGGCGGAGCUUCCACGCAUAUCCUCAUGCAAACGGAGCAGGCCAGAGGACUCUUCCACCGCGCCAUCGUUCAGUCCGGUUCAGCUUUGUGCGCCUGGGCCACGCAACCGGAUCGAAAGUGGCCACAGAGAUUGGGCAAGGAACUGGGCUAUGCCGGCAACUUGGAGAGCGAGAAGGAACUGUUGGAGUUCUUCCAGCAGAUCCCGGCCAGCAAGUUGGCCCAGUACUGUAAUUCAAUCGUAACGCAGGAGGAGCAGCGCGACUACGAGAUCUUGGCCUUUGCCCCGGUAAUCGAGCCAUAUGUUGGCGAUGAUUGCGUGAUCCCAAAAUCGCAGCAAGAGCAGCUGUCCAGCGCCUGGGGCAAUUCCAUUCCCAUGAUCAUAGGCGGAACCUCUUUCGAAGGACUCUUCUCUUAUCGCACCACCCUGGAUGAUCCGCUUUACAUGCUGAGUGCCUUCGAGGCCAUAAUUCCCAAGCACGUUCGCGACGCCAUCGACAAGGAUGAGCUGGCGGAGAUGGUGAGGAGGCUGAAGAAGUCCUACUUCGACGAUCCCGACCGGGCCAGCAUGGAGCUCUACGAGUGCCUCCACAUUCUGAGCAUCAAGAACUUCUGGCACGAUAUCCAUCGCACUUUGCUGGCUCGCCUGGCCUAUGCCACCAACUUGCCCACGUAUCUCUACCGAUUCGAUAUGGAUUCGCCACACUUUAAUCACUAUCGCAUCUUGAAGUGCGGCAAAAAGGUGAGGGGUGUGUGCCACGCAGAUGACAUUUCCUACAUGUUCUACGGCAUACUCUCCAGUAAGCUGGACAAGAAUUCGCCCGAGUACCGCACCAUUGAGCGACUGGUGGGCAUGUGGACCUCUUUCGCCACCACCGGCGAUCCCAACUGCGAGAUUAUCGCUCCCGUCAAGUGGGAUCCACUGCGUCCGGGUGGCGUGGAAAACUGCCUCAACAUUGCCGAUGGCCUGGAGUUCAUUCCGCUGCCGGAGAGCAAACAGUUUGUUGUCUGGGAUAGUUUUUACACCAGGGAAAGUCUCUACUAAGUAGACUUUGGAAUCUGUGUGUUUGGGAAAUCUGUUGUUAGCUUUAUAUGAAUUUAUAUGAAUUUGUGUUUGCAUCUGUGAAACUUCAAACUUAACAUUUACUAGCCUAAUAAAUACAUUCUAUU